CCCGCUCCCACCCCCUUCGCCUGCCCCCACCCUCCUUCCCUUUUUCUCGCUCUCUCGGCGGGAGCAGUGUGCCUCCCUUCCCAGAUGGCAGCCGGCUGCGCCAUGCAGCCGCCCGUUCCUCCUCCUCCUCUCCCUCCUGUCCGGCUCUAAGUCAAUGCCAUGCUGCCGCUGCUACUCCCGGCAUUGCUGGCCGCCUGCCUGCCGCCCUGCCAGGGCUGGAGCCCCUCGGCGGCUGCGAGCGGGCAGGAGGAGCAGGAGCAAGAGCUCUUCUUGCCCCCUGUCAACUCCUCCUCUCGCACCUUGGCCAGCGUCGAGAUGGACCUCGAUGGGGCAGCAAGCAAGGAGGAAAGUGGCACCACCAGCCCGGGCACGCCGGCUGCCUCUAGCCAAGAGCCGUUCCCCUCCGCUCCCACCUCCUCCGGGCAGCAGCAGCAGCAACAGCAGCAACAGCAGCGUCCCCAGCCGCAGGGACAGCCGCAGCCCGCCGAGGACCCGCACUGCAAUAUCAGCGUGCAGCGGCAGAUGCUGAGCUCGCUGCUGGUGCGCUGGAGCCGCCCGCUGGGCAUCCAGUGCGACCUCCUGCUCUUCUCCACCAACAGCCACGGGCGGGCCUUCUUCUCCGCCGCCUUCCACCGCGUGGGGCCACCGCUCCUCAUCGAGCACCUGGGGCUGGCGGCCGGCGGCGCCCAGCAGGACUUGCGCCUCUGCGUGGGCUGCAGCUGGGUGCGGGGGAGACGGGUCGGGCGCCUGCGGGGCGCCGCUCCCCAAGCCCCCGCUGCCGCCGCCGGGGCCUCCUCCUCGCUCUCCUACCCGCCGGCGGCGGAGCCCGGCCAGUAUUGGCUGCAAGGGGAGCCGCUGAAUUUCUGCUGCCUGGAUUUCAGCCUGGAGGAGCUGAAGGGAGAGCCGGGUUGGCGGAUGAACCGCAAGCCCAUCGAGUCUACCUUGGUAGCUUGUUUCAUGACUCUGGUCAUCAUCGUGUGGAGCGUGGCCGCCCUCAUCUGGCCGGUGCCCAUCAUCGCCGGCUUCCUGCCCAACGGCAUGGAGCAGCGUCGCAGCACCGCCGCCGGCACCACCGCCGCCGCCGCCAAGUAGCCUCUCCCGGUCACUCCUUCCCCCGCUUCUUUUCGUCGUGCGGUGCGGAGGGACGCGGGGCGGCCGCCGCCUCCCGCCGGGCCAAACUCUGCCGUCUUGUUCUUGUUUAAAGCUUGUCCCAGGUGCGCGGAGGGAGGCCGCCGGCCCGGUGUGCCGUGGGGCCGCCCGGGGGCUGCCUCGGGGUCCCGGCGUCGCCUCAGGGUCCCGGGGCCGCCUCAGAGUCCGUCCCGCCCUGAGGGGAGCAGCCCCGCCGCGCCACUCACCCCGCCGCCGGAGGGGACCGAAUCCUGUGUGCUCGUUUUAUAUCUUUAAUACCCGUUUUAAACGAACCUUUUAGUAGAAAAAAAAAAACAAAAAAACCCAAAAAAACAACAACGCAGGAAAUAAAAAAGACCCUCCCAUUCAACUGCAUUUGUUGUAGUCGGAGUAGCUUUUUUGUAUAUGAAAUACAGUUUGAGUGGGUUUUUUCUUUAUUUACAGAAGUCUCUUUGGCAGGAUUGAGAACUGAAGCAGUAUAUAUAUAUAUAUAUAUAUAUAUAUAUAUAUAUGUAGUUAUUGAUGAAGCUGAACUUUAACAAAGCUUUUUCACUGUAUUUCCCAGUUGAGAUAGUGUGUAUUUAUUAUUGUAGCUCUGCGUUAUUUGGCUUUUAAUACAGAGAUUUUCUUUCUGGAGCCACCGUAGCCUUUUGUCAGUCUGUUUUCGCCAGGGUGGAAUGGGGGGUUCAGCCGAUUUCCCCAUCUGCAAACCAGCUGCAAAGCAACUCUUUGCCCAUGAGAUGACUUUGGGGUUGGUGGUAGAAAAAGGGGAAUUCCAAACCCUUUCUGAAUGGCGUUUGCCCUAUGCGUACUGUCGAUCUACAUCAGGGUGGUGUGGGAUGGGGAACGUGUCUGUGGCAGAGAUCUUCCAAGGCGAUUUACUUAGUCCAGCUCCACACAUUAUGUCUCUCUCCUUGUCUUGAGGUUGUGUGGUUUCGGUCCUGGGAAGAUGAGACCCACUUGUUCAGAUGGGUUAAAAGGAGUCCGGGGGCGAGACUCUGAUUUCCACAAAGUGCACUCCUCAAAAACAAUUCAGCUGCAGUAUAUUUGUUGAAAGCUUCGUAGUAUCGCCCCUAUUUUUCAUCCACCAUUCUGCAGGGUUGCUCUCAGAAAACUCAUGGGGUGGAGAGAAAGCAGGAGCUGCUGGUCCAGGACUAGAUGACAGCUGCCACUGUGCAAGCAUGCCAAGAAGAAAGAUUUGCAAGAUUUCUUCUUUCUUGUUUGAGCAGACAGUUGCAUGGCUGGAAAUAUCAUUUGUUGUGUAGUUGAACUGUUUAGCCUUGUAUUAAGUUGUUUUAUUUGCCUUAGACACAAGUAAUCAGCUGAAGUUUCUAAAACCAAAAUGUGAGUGAAGUGAGAAAGAUUUGCAAUAGGAAUUCUCAUUCCUUUGUCGACAUCAAUGUAUUUAGUUUGUUAGGAACUCAUGAACUCACUCAGGGUUAAUUCAGUGUAUUUAUAAUAUUGCUUUCUUCCCUGUAGUUCAGUGGAAAUGACUGGAGGAAAAGUCUGGAGGGAUUAAAUUCUUAGGAUUCCUGUUUUUUAAAUUGAGAACAAAAUAAGACAAAUGCGUGCUCUGUGUGUGUGCUAUCUGGAAAAAAAAAUGCAGAGAGAAAAAGAUUGACAAACAGCAGAAAUUAAUCAAGAUUUCAAAAUGUUUCCUGUUACUGGACUACCUCUACACCCACUGUUUCUCCUGUUGAUACACCCACUGUUUCUCUUACCGAUCUUGAUGAGCACAUCACUCCAGUAAAUAUUGCAGUAGUGUUGUUUUCGGAAAGUAGAGGAUCCAGUCACUGUGAGAAAUGUUCAUUUGACUUGUUGAUCUGAAGGGUACCAUUCCCCAUAUGUGUAGUUUACAGAGCCCAGCUUUUCUUUCCCUGAUGUGAAAGACAUGGUGUCAUUUCCACCUUAUGCAAAUUCUUUUCUGCACAGACAUGCGACAUGCUAGAGGUGGUUUAUUUGCCUAUAAUGCCCCGUGUGACAGAGAAGUCUCUUCAUACCAAAAGGCAAGACUAACAGGAGAACAUGCAGCUUAUGUUAACACCCUCCUGAAAGAGAAGUGCUCUACAUAUGGAAUAAACCUCAAAAGUGUUGCCAUGCCAAGAAAGAACUUCUUUUAAAUUAGGAUGCAUUUAGGCAGAGAGUUUUUUCUUUUGCAUGAGACACAUUUAGGCAGGGAGUCAACAACUUUUGUUGGAAGUUUUGCUGGCUUUGUGGUGUGUAUGGUCCAUAGCACUCACUGUGAUCCAGGGAGCCUGUGCUUGAACUCAAGGUCAUAAUCUCUUUUUUGCUUAUCCUAGUUUCACCAGUGAUGUGCUGUUGUUUUUUUCUUGACUUGCGUUAACAUAAGCAAGAUGAUGGCAUUAUUCUCUGAAAUAGGCAGCCUCAGUUAUUAAAGAUUUUUUAUUUGCAGUUCUUACAGACACCUACCGAGAACAGUAAAGCUGGUACAAAAUGGUUUUGGGGUAUGUCUUUGGACUUCUGCCAGUAUCAGCUUGAAUACAAACCUUGUGAACAGGCAACAGGUAACACUCAGAAUAUUUUGAUGCUUCACUUUAAAAGUGUGAUAGAAGGGAGGGAUUUGCUUAUAGUUCUUCUAUAAAUAGGCUUGUAAGUGGAGCUGCUAUUAAAAGUCUGCUAAAAUGUGAAAUGUUUGAAACACGGGGAUGACAUUAAAACCAAAAACAAACAAACCCCCCCCAGUUAACCAAAAAAAAAAAAAACCCCUCAAACAAACAAACAAACAAACAACAAAAAAACCUGAGAGGCAAAUCUUGUCCAGAAUACAAAAACCUGCAGUAUUUUCAGGGAGGACAUUUUGAUACACAAUGCAAAGUGCACUCCCAGUUAAAGAAGAUGUUUCCUUAGAUCACAGCAACUAUCAGGGUACGCAUAUUGCCUUUGUAGAGAAGGCAAGGCACAGUGGGGGGCACAGAGGUUACCUGAUAUACAGGCUUUAGCCUGGAUCUACCUCCCUGAGCCUUUGGGUUUCGGUGAGGUGGCAGCAGGAUUUCUCCUGUGAAGAAGAGAGGUGCAAACUUUGAUGUACACAGCUAUUUUGGAGAGCUGCAUCCUUGUGCCCAAGUUCACAGUGAAGUGACUUAACGGCUUUCAUAGUCCAGAGUGUCGUGAUGGAAAUGCAUUCUGCAGAUCCUGAGCUUUCUCCCAUCACUAUUGUAUCAUCUAACAUCAAUAUCACUAGUAUAUUAUGAUGUUAGUAUAUCACUAACAUCAAUAACCCUGCUCCCAUAGCUGUGGCUGCUACAAUGGCUCUAAGCAGCCCAUAAUUUUGAGUAACAAAAGGCACACACAACUUUUGCCUGCGUACAUGGGAAGUUAAUCUGAAUUAAACCCAGAGGAGUCAAGCCCAGAGCAAUAUAAAAUGAUACAUCUCCACACCAGCUAGUUUCAGAUUUCAGUUUGAGACACCAAAAUGUGUAUUUAUUUUCUUUUUCACUGGCGAUGUAUUGUCUCUUUACUGGGGAUUAUUCCAAGCCAUUUUUAUUCAUUUGGAUUUAUUUUUAAAACCAGUUGGUAGCAGGGUCAGCACAAGAGCGGGAUUAGUCACCAUAUAUAAUCCUUCAUGUACUCAGAGAGCGCAUCUAUAUGCACAUAUAUACAUAUAUCUGUUAAUAUACGUGAGGACUUACUGUGUACAACAGAAAGUCAAAAAAAAAGGGGAGAAAAAGGAUGGUGAGAAAAAACACUGAACAAGUAAUACUGGUUUUCCUUCACUAUUUGUUGGAUAGGGUUUCUUGGUAAGUCACCCUGACUUUAUUUAUGUACAUGUGUUUGUUGGAAAGCAAGGGAUACCUAGAAACAGAGGUAAAUUCUUGUGUGCUAGUGUUAGACUGGUACAUUUUUUGCUGUAUAUUCAGACCUCAGAGUUGAAUCUCUCCCCCUCACUACUUGCUUAGUUAUGGUUCAUAGAUAUAUUAGAAGCAGAAGUAUAUGGAUAAAUAUGUAGGUUUAGUAUGGACACAGUUUCGCUCUUACUUGGUGCCACAUUGAUUCCCACAAUGAAAAUAUAAAAAUGUAGUCCAUCCAGUAUAGUAAUAAUUCUAUAUUAUGUAAGUAUGCUGUUGUUCAAUAGGUUAUCAGUAAUUAAGAUCAGUUUUGUAUGUCAGGAGCUACGUGGAUAUUUGGGGCAAAAUUGCCACACUUGGAUGAACGUUACUUAUUCAGCACUUAGUUUACCAGUGCCUUUUGAUGAUUAAUAUGACUGCAAUAGCAGUACUAUUUGUGCAGUAAAUAUUACUCAACAUGAGUAAGGGCUACUGAACCAGGCCCUAAAAAAAUGUAAUUAAAAGCCUUACUUGUCUGAGUAAGUAUUAUUCAUCGUGAUCUCCGCUUGCUGAAUAAAAGUGUCUCCAGGGCUGGCAUUACGUGAUCCCAGGGGCUGAACAAAAGCCUGGUGAAAUUAAAUAGUUAAGUUGAUUAAGAUUUUUUUAUGACUAAAGAUCAAAUAAUCUAUUUUAAAGAUAUAUAUCUAGAUACAAAAGUAGGUAUUGCAUUCUUGUUCCUCUCUGUUUUUAAGCACAUAGUUUAUAAAUCCAAAGCCAGGAUUUCUCAGUCCAGUGUAGGGGCUUGCUGGUUUGGAAAUUAGCUUCUUUCUGAAGCUAGAGUGACAGUGGCAUUUCAAAGGAAUUUUACUGAAUAAACGUCUUUUUCCAGCCCCCCAAACAUAUUUCAGGAAAAAACUUUGAUUUUUCAAAAAACAUUUUUAAUGACUUUUGGAAGACAAGUAAAUACCAAAUCCCCAAAUGCACACAGAUUUCAAAACACAAAAGAUCUCUUUGACUAGUAACUGAUUUUACAAGCAGAUUUUUAAACAAACCCAUCAAUUUCCAUUUCCUCUUCAAAAGCAGAACAUUUCAAUGAAGAUUAGAAGUGCAUAUGGGUGUUUUGCCUUGCAAAAAUGAUUUUGUAGGAAAAAAACCCCUUUUUUGGUCCUAUUUUUUACAUCAUGCGUAACUGUAUUCUAAGGACUGUGUUCUUUUCUGUGAUUUUGAAUUGAUCACAGCUUGUGACUGGUAAGAAACUAUGUUUCUUGUCCAUCUUUCAUGAUAGUUCUGGUUUAAAACAAUUAUAAAUUUAAAAAAAAAAUGUAGCUUCAUUUGUUUUGUUUCUAUUCUACUAUUUGUUUCUACUAUUCUACUGUGCCAAGGGAAAAAGCAGUAUAAAUUUGGCAUAAAAUUUGAGAUAUUAAAGUUUACUGGAAAUGUCUGGAUGGUGUUUAAUUAGGUUUGUGACCAGACUAGGUCUCACAAUCCAAACACCUUCCAGCUUUUAGGAAGUUUGGAUUCAUAACCGAGUGUAGCAGUUUGAUGGUCUCUACGACAAAGGAGUCCCUGGAUCUGCAUGUUUGGGAAGUUAGGAUUGGAACACUUGUCUCUUUAGUUUUCUUUCUAUCUCAACAGGUUAACAAUGUCAGAGCAAACUGGAAGAUCCAAAUAUCCUGUAAAACACUGUGUGUUUGCCUUGUUCUUAGCUUUUGUAGAAAAACAUCUGAUUAAUGAGACAUGAAUUUGAGAUCAAUGCCAUUCUGAGGAAGUGAAUUCACUGGCAGUAUGAAGUUAAAUUAUAUUUUUGUUCCUUGUAAGGUGAGACUUGCUAGAAGCAGUGGUACCUUACCUUGUUGGUGUCAUUCUGGGUGUUGCUAAGCAACAUGGAGUGGUUAAAACAGAGAUACAGAGAAGAGCACGGAGGAAUAAAGGAAACAAAAAGACAUAGAAAAAGCAGUAAAAAAGAGUAAAUAUUCCAGCAUGUUCUGCAAAGAAGUUGUGAAAUAUCAACUAGGAAAAAGAGGGCGAUUAAGAUCCUAGAGAAUAAGGAAAACUGAUGUAAAAUGAAUUAGGAACUCGAUUCCAUACUUCAUAUUCAACCAAAAUUUUCAGUGCUUUGCUUGAAUAAUUGCUUGCAGCUUUUCCCCCAAACAGCAAAAGUAAUGGCAAAAGAGAAUCAGAGCCAGGUAGGAAAUGGGAGGCUCAAGAAAAAAUAGGAGUGAAACCACCAUACCAUAAAUAAAAAGAGGAAAUACAUCACUACAUAUUGUCGGAAACCAAACAGCAAAAUGGCAAGGCUAUCUCUUGCAUAUGCUAUCUACCCUAGUUUUACUUCAGAUUUUCUCUGAGCUUAUAAGGAAACCAUGCUAAAAGUUGGGGUUUUUUUGGAAAGAAUAUGGUUCUUCCAUCAUAUCUUGCUUUGAUCCAUGUCAAAUGCAUGUUUCUCAUUGUCCAGCACAAGAAUGUUCAUCAGAACUGUAUUAAAGCUUUUCACCUGAACUGAA